UAAGUGACCAAGAAGCAACAUGUCUGGCCGCGGCAAAGGAGGUAAAGGUCUGGGAAAAGGAGGCGCUAAGCGUCACCGCAAAGUUCUCCGCGACAACAUCCAGGGCAUCACCAAGCCCGCAAUCCGCCGCCUGGCUCGCCGCGGCGGAGUAAAACGCAUCUCCGGCCUCAUCUACGAGGAGACCCGCGGGGUGCUCAAGGUUUUCCUGGAGAACGUCAUCCGCGACGCCGUCACUUACACCGAGCACGCCAAGAGGAAGACCGUCACUGCCAUGGAUGUGGUCUACGCUCUGAAGCGGCAGGGCCGCACUCUGUAUGGCUUCGGAGGCUGAACCCACACCAACCACAAUAAUAAC